AGGGGGAUCUGGCACAUUCCUCCAGAAGGAUCCCUGGGCCGAAGCCUCUGCACCACACCCUUGGCCCAGGCCAGGACUGAGUCAGGUAGAAGAGUCGAUAAAACCACCUGAUCAAGGAAAAGGAAGGCACAGCGGAGCGCAGAGCGAAAGCUCCCAGCCGCGAGGCGCAGGGCAGCACCCCUGCAGCGGCUGACUGCGCGGCCCGGCCCGGCCAUGCCUGCGCUCUGGCUCAGCUGCUGCCUCUGCUUCUCGCUCCUCCUGCCUGCAGCCCGGGCCAACUCCAGGACGCCAGUCUGUGAUUGCAAUGGGAAGUCCAGGCAAUGCGUGUUUGAUGAGGAACUUCACAGACUGACAGGAAAUGGAUUCCGCUGCCUCCACUGCAGUGACAACACGGGUGGCAUUCACUGCCAGAGGUGCAAGGAAGGAUUUUACCGCCAGAGAGACAGAGACCGCUGUUUACCCUGCAAUUGUAACUCCAAAGGUUCUCUUAGCGCUCGAUGUGACAAUGCUCGACGAUGCAGCUGUAAGCCAGGUGUGACAGGAGACAGGUGUGACCGCUGCCUGCCAGGCUUCCACACCCUCACUGAGGCUGGGUGCACCCAAGACCAGAGGCUCCUAGACUCCAAGUGUGACUGUGAUCCAGCUGGCAUCUCGGGGCCCUGUGACACAGGCCGCUGUGUCUGUAAGCCAGCUGUCACCGGAGGGCGCUGUGAUAGGUGCCGACCAGGUUACUACCACCUGGAUGGGGGAAACCCUGAGGGCUGUACCCAGUGUUUUUGCUACGGGCAUUCAGCCAGCUGCCAAAGCUCUGGAGACUACAGUGUCCAUAAAAUCACCUCUACCUUCCAUCAAGAUGUUGAUGGCUGGAAGGCUGUCCAAAGAAAUGGGUCUCCUGCAAAACUCCAAUGGUCACAACGCCAUCGAGAUGUGUUUAGCUCUGCACGACAGUCAGACCCUGUCUAUUUUAUAGCUCCUGCCAAAUUUCUUGGGAAUCAACAGGUGAGCUAUGGGCAAAGCCUGUCUUUUGACUACCGUGUGGACAGGGGAGGCAGACACCCAUCCACCCAUGACGUGAUCCUGGAAGGUGCUGGUCUAUGGAUCACAGCUCCCUUGAUUCCACCUGGCAAGACACUGCCUUGCGGGAUCACCAAGACUUACACUUUCAGAUUAAAUGAAAAUCCAAGCAGUAAUUGGAGCCCCCAGCUGAGUUACUUUGAGUAUCGGAGGUUACUGCGGAACCUCACAGCCCUGCGGAUCCGAGCUACCUAUGGAGAAUACAGUACUGGGUACCUUGACAAUGUGACCCUGAUUUCAGCUCGCCCCAUCUCUGGAGCCCCAGCACUAUGGGUUGAACAAUGUGUAUGUCCUGUUGGGUACAAGGGACAGUUCUGCCAGGAAUGUGCUUCUGGCUACAAAAGAGAUUCAGCCAGACUGGGACCUUUUGGCACCUGUAUUCCAUGUAACUGCCAAGGAGGAGGGGCUUGUGAUCCAGACACAGGAGAUUGUUAUUCAGGGGAUGAAAACCCUGACAUCGAGUGUGCCGACUGCCCCAUUGGUUUCUACAACGACCCGCGUGACCCCCGCAGCUGCAAGCCCUGCCCCUGUCACAAUGGGUUCAGCUGCUCCGUGAUGCCCGAGACAGAGGAGGUGGUGUGCAAUAACUGUCCCCACGGCGUCACUGGUGCCCGCUGCGAGCUCUGUGCUGAUGGCUACUUUGGGGACCCCUUUGGGGAACACGGCCCAGUGAGGCCUUGUCAACCCUGUCAGUGCAACAACAAUGUGGACCCCAGUGCCUCUGGGAACUGUGACCGCCUGACGGGCAGGUGUCUGAAGUGCCUCCACGGCACAGCCGGUACCCACUGUGACCAGUGCAAAGCAGGCUACUUUGGGGACCCCUUGGCUCCCAACCCAGUGGACAAGUGUCGAGCUUGCAACUGCAACCCAGUGGGCUCGGAGCCCGUGGAGUGUAGAAGUGAUGGCAGCUGUGUUUGCAAGCCAGGAUUUGGCGGCCUCAACUGUGAGCAUGCAGCAUUAACCAUCUGUCCAGCUUGCUAUAAUCAAGUGAAGAUUCAGAUGGAUCAGUUUAUGCAGCAGCUCCAGAGCCUGGAGACCCUGAUUUCAAAGGCUCAGGGUGGCGGUGGAGCAGUACCCAACACAGAGCUGGAGGGCAGGAUGCAGCGGGUUGAGCAGACCCUUCAGGACAUUCUGAGAGAAGCCCAGGUUUCAGAAGGUGCUAUUAGAUCCCUCAGUCUCCAGUUGGCCAAGGCCAGGAGCCAAGAGAAUAGCUACCGGAACCGCCUGGAUGACCUCAAGAUGACUGUGGAAAGAGUUCGGGCCCUGGGCAGCCAGCAUCAGAACCGGGUUCAGGAUACUCACAGGCUCAUCACUCAGAUGCGCCUGAGCCUGGAGGAAAGUGAAGCUGCCCUGCGAAACACCGACGUUCCUCCCUCAGAGCACUAUAUGGGGCCCAACAGCUUUAAAAGUCUAGCUCAGGAGGCCACGAGACUGGCAGACAGCCACGCUGAGUCAGCCAAUAACAUGGAGCAACUGGCCAGGGAAACCGAGGACUACUCCCAACAAGCCCUAUCCUUGGCGCGCAAGGCUUUGAGUGAAGGAGGCGGAAGCAGCAGGCUGGACGGCUCCAUGGUGCAAGGGCUUGUGGGAAAAUUGGAGAAAACCAAGUCUCUGGCCCAGCAGUUGUCAAGGGAGGCCACUGAAACUGACAUUGAAGCAGAUAGGUCUUAUCAGCAUAGUCUCCGCCUUCUCAAUUCAGCAUCUGAGCUUCAGGGGGUCAAUGAUCAGUCCUUUCAGGUAGAAAUGAAGAGGAUCAGACAAAAAGCUGACUCUGUCUCAAGCCUGGUGACUAAGCGUGUGGAUGAGUUCAAGCGUGUGCAAAGCAAUCUGGGAAACUGGGAAGAAGAAACCCGGAAGCUCUUACAGAAUGGGAAGAAUGGGAGACAGAAAUCAGAUCAACUGCUUUCCCGUGCCAACCUUGCUAAAAGCAGAGCCCAAGAAGCACUAAGUAUGGGCAAUGCCACUUUUUAUGAAGUUGAGAACAUCUUAAAGAACCUCAGAGAGUUUGACCUGCAGGUUGAAGACAGAAAAGCAGAAGCUGAAGAGGCCAUGAAGAGACUCUCCUACAUCAGCCAGAAGGUUGCAGAUGCCAGUGACAAGACCAAGCAAGCGGAAACGGCCCUGGGCGGUGCUGCUGCUGACGCCCAGAGGGCAAAAAACGCAGCCGGGGAAGCCCUGGAGAUCACCGGCAACAUAGAACAGGAGAUGGGGAGUCUGAACUUGGAGGCCAACGUGACAGCAGAUGGAGCCUUGGCCAUGGAGAAGGGACUGGCUACUCUCAAGAGUGAAAUGAGGGAAGUGGAAGGAGAGCUGGCAAGGAAGGAGCAGGAGUUCGGCACGGAUAAGGAUGCAGUGCAGACGGUAAUCACAGAAGCCCAAAGUGUUGAUAACAGAGCCAGGAAUGCUGGAGUCACGAUCCAAGACACACUCAACACAUUGGACGGCAUCCUACACGUAAUAGACCAGCCUGGAAGUAUGGAUGAAGAGAGGCUGAUCUUACUGGAGCAGAAGCUUUUCCGAGCCAAGGCCCAGAUCAACAGUCAGCUGCGGCCGUUGAUGUCAAAGCUGGAAGAGAGGGCGAGCUGUCAGAGGGGCUACCUCCGUUCGCUGGAGAUGAGCAUAGAUGGGAUUCUGGCUGAUGUGAAGAACCUGGAGAACAUUAGGGACAACCUGCCCCCAGGCUGCUACAAUACGCAGGCUCUCGAGCAACACUGAAGCUGCC